CACGCUUCCCUAUCGUCAGAGGGGCAGCCCUUGUCGCGAGAAGGCGUGGAAAGUCGUCUGCGGCUCGAAAGCGCCUCAAGGCUGCGUCCUUUCUGUCUUGAUCGGUCGGGUAGUGCUUUGCGGCUGCCGUCAAGCGCGGCGCUGGGCCGGCGGGCGGGGGCCAAGGGGCUGCCAUGGCGGCGGCGGGCCGGCUGCCGAGCUCCUGGGCGCUGCUGGCGCCGCUCCUUGCUGGGCUCGCUCUGCUGGGAGUCGGGCCGGUCCCGGCACGAGCGCUGCACAACGUCACGGCCGAACUCUUUGGGGCUGAGGCCUGGGGCACCCUGGCGGCCUUCGGGGACCUCAACUCCGACAAGCAGACGGACCUCUUCGUGCUGCGGGAAAAAAAUGAUUUAAUCGUCUUUUUGGCAGACCAGAAUGCACCCUAUUUUAAACCCAAAGUAAAGAUAUCCUUCAAGAAUCACAGUGCAUUGAUAACAAGUGUAGUUCCUGGGGAUUAUGAUGGUGAUUCACAAAUGGAUGUCCUUCUAACAUAUUUUCCCCAAAAUCAUGCCAACAAUGAAUUAGGAGCUGUUAUCUUCUGGGGACAAAAUCAAACAUUAGAUCCUAACAAUAUGACCAUACUCAAUAGGACUUUUCAAGAUCAGCCACUAAUUAUGGACUUCAAUGGUGAUCUAAUUCCUGAUAUAUUUGGUAUCACAAAUGAAUCCAGCCAACCACAGAUACUAUUAGGAGGAAAUUUAUCAUGGCAUCCUGCUUUGACCACUAAAAGUAAAAUGCGAAUUCCACAUUCUCAUGCAUUUAUUGAUCUGACUGAAGAUUUUACAGCAGAUUUAUUCCUCACAACAUUGUCUGCCUCUAGUUCCUUCCAGUUUGAGAUAUGGGAAAAUUUGGGUGGGAACUUCUCUGUCCAUAGUAUACUUACAAAACCUCAAAAUAUGAUGGUAGUUGGACAGUCAGCAUUCGCAGACUUUGAUGGAGAUGGACAAAUGGAUCAUUUACUUCCAGGCUGUGAAGAUCAAAACUGCCAGAGAAGCACAAUCUACUUACUGAGAUCUGGAACAAAACAGUGGGUUCCAGUCCUACAGGAUUUCAACAAUAAGGGUACACUCUGGGGCUUUGUACCAUUUGUGCACGAAGAACGACCAACUGAAAUACCAAUUCCAAUUACCCUUCAUAUUGGAGACUACAACAUGGAUGGCUAUCCGGAUGCUCUCGCCAUACUAAAGAACACAUCUGGAAGCAACCAGCAAGCCUUUUUAUUGGAAAAUGUCCCUUGUAAUAAUGUAAGCUGUGAGGAGGCACAUCGGAUGUUUAAAGUCUACUGGGAGCUGACAGACCUAAAUCAAAUCAGGGAUGCUAUGGUUGCCACCUUUUUUGACAUUUAUGAAGAUGGAAUCUUGGACAUUGUAGUACUAAGUAAAGGAUAUUCAAAGAAUGAUUUUGCCAUCCAUACACUAAAAAAUAACUUUGAAGCAGAUGCUUAUUUUGUUAAAGUCAUUGUUCUUAGUGGUCUGUGUUCUAAUGACUGUCCUCGUAAGAUAACACCUUUUGGAGUGAAUCAGCCUGGACCAUAUAUCAUGUAUACAGCUGUAGAUGCAAAUGGGUAUCUGAAAAAUGGCUCAGAUAGGAGUGGCAGGCAAGGCACCCAUGUGGUCUCCACUACCACCACAGUAGAAGGGGAGGAUCAUAAUGGUUAUGAAGCUGGACAACUCAGCCAAUCAGCACAUUUAGCUCUCCAACUACCAUACAACGUACUUGGUUUAGGUCGAAGUGCAAAUUUUCUUGACCAUCUUUAUGUUGGUAUUCCCCGUCCUUCUGGAGAGACAUCUGUACGAAAACAAGAGUGGACUGCAAUCAUUCCAAAUUCCCAGCUAAUUGUCAUUCCAUACCCUCACAAUGUCCCUCGAAGCUGGAGUGCCAAACUAUAUCUUACACCAAGUAAUAUUGUGCUACUUACCGCUAUAGCUCUCAUUGGUGUCUGUGUCUUCAUCUUGGCUAUAAUUGGCAUUUUACAUUGGCAAGAAAAGAAAGCAGAUGAUAGAGAAAAACGACAAGAGGCCCAUCGGUUUCAUUUUGAUGCUAUGUGAUUUGGCUUUAAUAUUACAUAAUGGAAUGACUAUUCAUUUGAUUAGCUGAAAUACUAAAUCCUGGCCUAUAGAAGAAAAUAGGGGAUUUUGAAUAUUAUUUAUAAAUGAUGCAUCUCUUGGUAAUUAUUGAAAGAUAUUAAAAUAAAUACAGUCUGAAUGUCUCACAAAGUCUUUUUUUUUUAAAGCACUUUGUAAACAGUAAUUUAAAUUAUUUACUCAGUACUACUGUGCAUUUUUGUUCUUUUGUGGAAUGUGUUGCAUGUACUUUGGUGUUUAUGUAUUUAUAAUCUUAUUGGGGUAAUCAUAGAAAAAAUAUGUAUAAAUAAAAAUAUUUAAAUAAGCAGGAUUUUUCUUUGUUCCCCUUGAAUUGAUCUUGUUUCUUAUUCUAAUGGUGCAAACUCUACUUUUGCAAAUGUAUCACAGAUUAAAGUUAUUAAACAUUCACCUUCAACACAGCAGUUCAGGGGGCUCAAUGAUGGCAUACAAUAUAAUUGAGUACUCUUGCUUUGGAAUCACAGUAAGACUUGCCUUAAAUUCCUGGUUCCACAGCUUACAAAGUGAUUGUUUGAAUUUGGCUAUUGCUUAAACUCUGUAAGCCUAGGUUUGUUUAUACAUUGGGACUAAUAUACUUACUCGCUUAAGUUAUUGAAAAGAGUAAGUGGGAUAAUGUAUAUAAAGUGUUUAAGCUCAGUGCUUAACACAGAGUAAAGUGCUCAAUACAUAGCAGCUGUCAUUGUUACUAUUUUAGGUGAUUUUAUUAGACUUCUACAAAUAAUUAUAAAAAUAUAUAGAAUUGAUAGAAUUUUACUUUUAAGCAUGAAGAAAUCACAUUCUUUGGAAAACUAAAAUUCUUGGUGGUUUAUAUCUUACAUAAAAUUUUCUUGAUCAUAAAUUAACUAAAAAUUAUAGUAUUACCCAAGAAUAAAUAUGUCCUAAAAUUUUUUAUUUGAAAAACUAAUCAUCAUGUGACAAUGAAGAACAUUUUAUUUCUUCAAAGGAACCUGCUAUAGACAGCAUCUAGGAAUACAAAUUUUCAAUCGAAUUUCUAUUCUCAAGGCUUGCAACAGUUGAUAAUUUACAUUCAGACUUGAAUGCAAAUUUUACACUAUGAACUUCCUUUUGCCAAAAUUAAAUUUAAAAGACUUAAAUUUAGAUUGAGAAAAAAGUUCAUAUAUUAAGGAUAAUAAUUUUCUAAUGUGCACACGGACAUGUAAUGGCUCCAAAAUAUAAAAUCUCUCUGAAAACAAUUUCGUUCUUCAUGUUAUUUUUUUUCUUUAUCGUUCACUGAAAGUGGCAUGUAUUAAAUUAGUUUACUUUGUUAUCUGAGCAUGUGAAUGUGUCUUCUUAAUAAAUAUUCUUCAUUGAAGCAAA